CACAUCUUGAUUCUUUCCCUAGCAUUCACAGCGCAAGCCAAUUCAACAUGUCACUCGAUCCAACAUUUCGUAAAGAGGCUGAGGAGCUCGUUAAGGAGCAAAUGGCAGCCUACGAUCCCUCUCAUGAUUGGUUGCAUGUCGAUCGUGUUCGUAGACAAGCAUUAAAGAUUGCAAAAGAGGAAAGUAGUCAAGGCAAAUCAAUUGAUGUGGAGCUUGUUGAGCUUGCUGCGCUGUUCCAUGACAUUGGUGAUGCCAAGUUCCAGAAGGAGGGCCAACCUUCAGGACGCGAGAUUGUAAUGGGAUUCUUGUCCAAGUACAAGUACGAGAAAGCUGAUCUUGUUGCUAGGAUCGUUGAGAAUGUGUCCUUCAGAAAGGAGCUUGCAGGGAACAAGGACGAAUGGACUCAAUCUUGUAUUGAAUUACACAUUGUUCAAGAUGCAGAUAAGUUGGAUGCCAUUGGAGCAUUUGGUAUCAUGCGCUGUGCAGCUUACAGCGGUUAUAAGAACCGUCCGUUAUAUGAUCCAGCGGAGAAGGCUCAAUUGGACAUGACGUAUGAACAGUACCAAGCGCAGACAAAGGCCAACACUGGAUGUGCUAUUAGUCACUUUCAUGAAAAGCUGUUUCGUCUCAAGGACAUGAUGAAGACACCUUCAGCUAUCAAGAUGGUUGAGAAGCGCCAUGACCUCAUGGUCGAAUUUGUGAAGCGAAUUGAAGAGGAAUAUUCGAUGGACGAGUGAGUGAGUGGGUCUCAUAAUGCUUGCUCAUAAGUUUGUAAACGUCUUUAG